AUGCCCCCCCACCGACCCCCCCGGCUGGCUGGGGGAGGGCUCAGCCGCGAGUUGGGUAAACUCCUCCCCGCGUUGAGUCAUUCGCCUUCGGGACGUUUAGGAAGCGGCUCCGGGUCGGUGGCCCCAGGACUGGGCAGAGCCCGGGCAGGGAAGAUGGGCAGCUGCACGGCUGGCUCCCCGCGGCUCCGGGGGCCCCGGCAUCGAACCCCCAAACCGCCGCCGCCGCUGCUGCUCCUGCUGCUGCUGCUGCCGCUGCCGCCCAGCGUGGGGGGCUUCAACCUGGACUCCGAGGCCCCGGCGGUGCUCUCCGGGCCCCCGGGCUCCUUCUUCGGCUUCUCGGUGGAGUUUUACCGGCCGGGGACCGACGGGGUCAGCGUGCUGGUAGGAGCACCCAAGGCGAACACCAGCCAGCCUGGCGUGCUGCAGGGAGGUGCUGUCUAUCUCUGUCCCUGGAGCAUCAAUCCAGAGCCUUGCACCCCUAUCAAAUUUGACAGCAAAGGCUCUCGGACCCUGGAUUCCUCGCUGACCAGCCCGGAGAAAGAGAAAGAGGAACUCGUGGAAUACAAGUCCCUGCAAUGGUUCGGAGCCACUGUGCGCGCCCAUGGCUCCUCCAUCUUGGCCUGCGCCCCUCUGUAUAGCUGGCGCACAGAGAAGGAUCCGGUCAUUGACCCAGUGGGCACCUGCUUCCUUUCCACAGACAACUUCACUCACAUCCUGGAGUAUGCGCCCUGCCGCUCAGAUUUCAACGGGGCCGAAGGACAGGGCUACUGCCAAGGAGGCUUCAGUGCCGAAUUUACAAAGACUGGCCGGGUGGUGCUGGGCGGACCAGGAAGCUAUUUCUGGCAAGGCCAGAUCUUCUCUGCCACCCAGGAACAAAUAGCAGAGUCCUACUACCCUGAGUACCUGAUCAACCAGGUUCAGGGGCAGCUGCAGACACGCCAGGCCCCUUCCAUCUAUGAUGACAGCUACCUGGGAUACUCUCUGGCUGUAGGCGAAUUCAGUGGUGAUGACACAGAAGACUUCGUGGCUGGUGUGCCCAAGGGGAACCUCACCUAUGGUUAUGUCACCAUCCUCAAUGGCUCCAACAUCCGAUCCCUCUACAACUUCUCAGGGGAACAGAUGGCCUCCUACUUUGGCUAUGCAGUGGCUGCCAGCGACAUCAAUGGGGAUGGGCUGCAUGACCUUCUGGUAGGGGCACCCCUUCUCAUGAAGCGAACAGCAGAUGGGCGGCCUCAGGAGGUGGGCAGGGUGUAUGUGUACCUACAACGCCCCACCGGCAUGGAGCCCACACCCUCCCACACUCUGACUGGACAUGAUUCCUUUGGCCGGUUUGGCAGUUCUUUGACCCCUCUGGGGGAUCUGGACCAGGAUGGCUAUAACGAUGUGGCUGUUGGGGCUCCCUUUGGUGGGGAAACCCAUCAAGGAGCAGUGUUUGUGUUCCCCGGGGGCCCCCAGGGUCUGGGCACCAAGCCUUCCCAGGUUUUGCUGCCCCUGUGGCCAGCUGGCCACAGACCUGACUUCUUCGGUUCGGCCCUUCGAGGAGGCUCCGACCUAGAUGGCAAUGGCUACCCUGAUCUCAUUGUGGGAUCCUUCGGUGUGGACAAGGCCGUGCUAUACAGAGGUCGCCCCAUCGUAUCCACCAGUGCUUCCCUCACCAUCUUCCCUGCCUUGUUCAACCCAGAGGAGCGCAGCUGCAGCUUGGAGGGGAACCCGGUGGCCUGCAUCAACCUCAGCUUCUGCCUCAAUGCUUCCGGGAAACAUGUACCCGACACUAUUGGCUUCACAGUGGAGCUUCAGCUAGACAGGCAGAAGCAGAAGGGAGGCAUUCGGCGGGUGCUAUUUCUUGACUCUAAGCAAGCGACCCUGAUCCAGCCGCUGCUCAUCCAGAAUGGAGCCCGGGAGGAAUGCCGAGAGAUGAAGAUCUUCCUCAGGAAUGAGUCUGAAUUCCGAGACAAACUCUCCCCAAUUCACAUUGCCCUCAACUUCUCCCUGGACCCCAAAGCCCCUGUGGAUAGCUAUGGUCUGCGGCCCGUGUUGCAUUACCAGAGCAAGAGCCGCAUAGAGGACAAGGCUCAAAUCUUACUGGACUGUGGAGAAGACAACAUCUGUGUGCCAGACCUGCAGCUGGAAGUGUUUGGAGAGCAGGACUAUGUAUAUUUGGGCGACAAGAACUCUCUGAACCUAACUUUCCACGCCCAGAAUGUGGGUGAGGGAGGUGCCUACGAGGCUGAACUUUGGAUCACUGCACCCCUGGAGGCUGAAUACUCAGGACUCGUCAGAAACCCAGGGAAUUUCUCCAGCCUGAGCUGUGACUACUCCUCUGUGAAUCAGAGCCGCCUGUUGGUGUGUGACCUGGGAAACCCCAUGAAGGCAGGCGCCAAUAUCUGGGGUGGCCUUCGGUUCACAGUCCCACAUCUCCGAGACACAAAGAAGAAUAUCCAGUUUGACUUCCAGAUCCUCAGCAAGAAUCUCAACAACUCCCAGAGCGAAUUGGUCUCCUUCAAGCUCUCCGUGGAAGCCAAGGCGUCGGUGUCCCUGAAUGGUGUGUCCAAGCCCGAGGCGGUGGUCUUUCCACCGAGUGACUGGCAACCCCAAGACAAACUGCAAGAAGAAAAGCAUGUGGGUCCUGCUGUCCACCACGUCUAUGAGCUCGUCAACCACGGCCCCAGCUCCAUCAGCCAUGGCAUGCUGGAGCUCAGCUGCCCCCACACUCUGGAUGAUGAGGCACUCAUCUACGUGACCAAAGUCACAGGGCUCAGCAACUGCACUACCAGUCAUCCCCUCAACCCACAGAGGUUAAAGUUGGAUCCUGAGAGUCCCCAGUCUCAUCAUCAUCAUCUGCACAGACGGGAAGCCCCAGGGAGAAGACCAACCACCACAGGACUUCGGAUCGUGAAAUGCUCAGAGGCGAAAUGUUUCAAGGUGCGCUGUGAGCUUGGGCCAGUGCACCGGCAAGAGAGCCGAAGUCUACAACUGCAUUUCCGAGUCUGGGCCAAAACCUUUAUGCAACAUCCGAACCAGCCUUUUAGCCUCCGGUGUGAAGCUGUGUACGAGGCCCAGAAGAUGCCCUACCGAAUCCUGCCUCGGCACCUUCCCCGAAAGGAACUUACGGUGGCCACAGCCGUGCAGUGGGCCAGGGCUGACAGCAGCCAGGGGGUCCCUCUGUGGAUCAUUAUCCUCGCUAUCCUCUUUGGCCUCCUGCUCCUAGGUCUGCUCAUCUACAUCCUCUACAAGCUCGGAUUCUUUAAACGCUCCCUCCCGUAUGGCACCACCAUGGAAAAAGCUCAGCUCAAGCCUCCAGCCACCUCUGAUGCCUGAGUUCUCCGGAUCCUGGACUCCCAAUCCUGAAGGCCCAGUUCCCCUGCCCUGAGUCUACUGACAGGGAGGAGAUGGGCACUUUCUGAAGGUGCUGAGGGCCGGGGAGAAGCUCCUCUCCACAGCCCAAAGACAUACUUGAAGGGCCAGAGCCAGGGGGUGGGGGGUGUUAGGGAUCCCCUCACCCAUGCACUGUGAAGGACCCUUGUUUACACAUGCCCUCCUCAUGGAUGGGGAAGCUCCAAUCCAGGGACAGAAGCCCCAGACUCCCUGCAGCCUUUGCAUUCUGGAAUUUCCUGAAAACAACUUGGAACGGUAACUGGGGAAUCUAAUCCCAAGUCUCUGGGCCAGACAUGCCACCAAGACUUCCUGUCUAGCUCCACCCUGCAGAGAUCGGCCGUCAGCCUUGCCAGAGAUCCAUAUGAAACUCCCAGCUAAGAACCUGGCCCUGGGGAGUGAGAACUGACAACUCUGGACAGCCCUCACCCUGGUGGGCCAACAAGGAACACUAACCCAGCAAGCGCUGAGCUUGGACAGAGCCCAGACAAGGAUCACCGCUGGCCCAGAGCCAGCUCCAAAAGGAAUCAGAACUAUAAUGGGGCCAGAUGGAGCCUGGGACCUGGGAUGGAACUGAGAUCCAGACUCAGACAUGGGAAUGGAAUCAGGCAGGAUUCCAGAGGACAUCUGAACCUGUUUCAGACUCAGGUCCAGUGGCACCCUUCAUCCUUGCCUCAGAAGCCAGGAAUUGCCCAGCACCUUGCAGGGCAAUGAUGACCACAGAUCCAGAACCUCAGCCUGGCCUGGCGCAGGCCCUCGGUGUUCCUUGGACGAAGAGGAACCUGCUGUCCUGCACCUACAAGAUUUGGGUUCUGCCCACCAGCUGCACUGAUGCUGCCCCUUCUCCCACUGUCCAACCCUCCCCUCACCUUGGCUCCGGAUACUCGGGACUUAUUUAAACUCUGUUGCAAGUGCAAUAAACCCAGCCCGGUGCUCCCACUGACCAGAA